AUGGGCAUCAUAAAAGACGGUUUGCUUGCAUUGAAAAUGCUUUACUGUGCUCUGCGCUGUGCUAUUACCAUCGUCAUCGCAACCACCAUCCCCAACAUCAUCGUCUUCUUAGCGGAUGCUUUCGUCAUCACCGUUGCUACAGUCAAUCCAGUGCCACUGUCAUCAUCUUUAACACCGUCACAAAGUAUACAGAUUUAUAGUUCAGCAAUAUCAAAAAGAUUAACAUAUUUCCAUGCCUGGGCAUGA